UUUCGAGUGGCCAUUCGCUUGUGCCCCCAGCGACAGAGGGACCCCCAAACAGGGGAGGCAAGAUACUCUAUCAAAGUGGUGGAACCGAACAAGAUUGUUGUUGACACUGGCCGGGGCCACCAGCCCCAUUCUCUAGUCUUUGAUGCAGUUUGGAACGAGAGCGCAAACCAGAAUGAUAUUUACGAAUCCACAACAAAGCCUCUGGUGGGGUGCCUCAUGCAAGGCUACAAUGGCUGUGUCAUCGCCUACGGUUCCCCCUGCAGCGGAAAGACUUACACCAUGCUUGGCGGGAGCUUGACAGGCAAGCAGCGAGGCAUCCUCAGCCGCGUGUCUGAGGACAUUUUCAACGCACUCGAGGCUUCCAUCUGUAGUGUCAGAGUGUCCUUCUAUCACAUUUCCAAUGAGAAGAUCUAUGAUCUGUUGGACAGCCAGCCCUCAGAGGUGAGCCGUAUCCACGAGGGGGAGGACGCGGUGGUGCUGGAGGGUCUGAAGGAGGUGGAGGUGGACUCUCCACACGCCCUGCUCCAGGCAUACCGACGCGGGGCCGCAAACAGACAAGCUGGCACCUCAAAGGGGGAGUUUGCCACCAGAAGCCAUUCUAUAUUCAACAUAAUGGUCGUCAACGCAAAGGCAAGCCUUGCGCAGGGGGGAGGCCUGACAGCCAGCAAGCUCACUCUGGCUCGCGGUCGCGGCGACGCUGCCCUGGAAGUCAAGAGGUGUUUCCAAACAGUUCCGGAAAACCCACAGGAGGCCAAAACUCUCAAGCGGUCCCUCACAAUAUUUGGAAAUGUCAUCUUUGCACUCAGCGUGGCUGGUUGUCACCACAUUCCAUACAGAGAGUCAAAGCUCACCAGAGUUCUGAGAGACUGCCUGGGAGGAAAUUGCCGGAUGUCUCUGAUUGUGACGGUGUCUCCCCACCUGUCCUCGGUCACUGAGACCCUAAGCAGCCUGCAGUUUGCAUCUCGGGCGAUGGCCAUCCCGGAGAGGCGCGUCCACCGCUCACAGCUACAGUGCGCCCCACUUCAGCUUACAGCUCAGACCUGCCUGCCUCCCAUCCCAUUUGGUCCUUCCUCUCCGCCAUUCCGGCCCGGCCACAGGCAGCCAGAUGAACCUGAACUCAAAGCGUUCCUGCCCCAUUUGGAGAAACAGGGCCAGUUUGAGGGUACCUGCGGUAGCAGCCAUUUUGGAUAUCCUGCUGGAAGGGGAAACUGCGCGCGAGAGGAGCAAUCGACAGCAGCAGCAGCAAGGGUGGUGUACCCUGCCCCGCGGCGCUCCGUGGAGAGACUGUCGGCCACCUCCUCCCGUGCUCUCCCGUGCUCUCCCGCGUCCCUCCUCGACGCUCCGGGCCCGCUCGCCGAGUGCCCCAACUGCAAGCGGGAGCGGAAGAUCCGGGAGGAGUACGACAAGUUCAUUGUCCAGGCGUGCAGGGACCGAGACUCCCUCCACCAGAGAGUGACCGAGCUGGAGGCCAGGCUUCUGGCGAGAGGGGCAGAGAGACAGAGGGUGGAGGAAGAGGAGAACAAGGAGAAGGAGGUGGCAGAACACAAGGAGAGUAAAGAGGAGGAGGAGGAGGUGGCAGAACUCAAGCAGAGAAAAGCAGAGGAGGCCACAGAGAUUUCUAGAUGUAACACCACUGAAAUACCUGCCAAUGCAGAGGCGCAAACCCCUGGCUCUGCUGAAACCCCACAGGGUGGAGAGUCUCUGAGAGAAGACGCGGAGACUCAGGUAGAGGGUGUGAGCUCCAUGAUCAACGCAGCCCAGCUUCUUCACCUGGAGAGCGAGAAUGUCCAGCUCAAAGGACAGAUUCUGGCCUUGCAGCAGGAGCUGGUGGUGUCGGACGAGCAGCUGGACCAGAGCGCGGAGAGGGAGAAGGCCCUGACCGAGCUGCUGCGCGCCGAGGAGGCCCGGGCAGCCGGGGACACACAGGCGCUCUGCUUGCAGCUUGACCAGGCCAGCCUGCAGCAGGACAGCCUGCGCGAACAGACGGAGAGGCUGCUAUCGGAGCUGCAGAGUGCCAGUGUGGAGCAUGAGAGAUUCAAAGGGAAUGUAGCCUUGAGUGUGGCUCAGCUUCAGAAAGAUAAGGACGAUUUGAUGUCCCAUCUUGAUGAAGUAAGAGAAUGUUACGAGAGGGUGAAAUCUGACAAUGCACUUCUCAGUGAGAGAGUGGAGACUUUGAAGAGAGAGGUGAACCACGGUCUCCAUGGAAACUCAGGGUCCUCCCAUGUCCACACAGUCACUACCAACACGGAAAUGCUGGUGGUGUCUCACCAUGUGUCCCAGCAGUGCUCAGGGGGAAUGAACACAGACAGCAAAUGCUGCUACACCAGCUGCAGUGAGUUCCAGGAGAGACCUGCACCAACGUUCCCAGAGAAACCACCAGAUGACCCAGAAAACCCAAGCGAACAGGAGCCCGGCCUGCGCAAGACCAAAGACACCCUCAAGCAGCUGAAGAGGGAGCACAGCCUGUUGCUUGACGUGAUGCUAGUGUUGUACAAGCGGGAGUGGUUCACCCAGGAGGCUGUGCCAUACGUCAGACGAACGCUCAGCAAGUGUGGCAUGAGAGUGGACGACACAUGACCUGAUUGGAACAGGAAGGGGUUGACGAAGGUGGAAGGAAAGAAUGACGUGAAGGGAAAAAAUGAAAUGACUCCACGACGUGCACCACUGGCCCUUUGAUGUCUGGUGGGCAGCACUACACACAGAGCCUGGUGUCUUUAAUCACGGGGCGAGUUUAUUUCAUUUGGGAGUGUUUGUUUUCUUGCCCGUGUGUUUGAGUGCUGUGUACAAUACCAGCAACAGAGAGAGUUCUGAGUGGCAUCACAAAAACUUUAUUUGUAAAAAACUACUUUCAGUUAGUUUACAAAAUUCCUAAUCAACACAUUGUGUAAUGUACAUCAAGAUAACUGCUUUAUUUUGCACAUGAAAAACAAUAUAAGGACAUGUAGUACCUGAAUAAAAAAAAACACUAAAACUGAA